AUGGCCAAUAGGCAGAACACGAUCUUAUCGAGCAGUGGUCCUUUUAACAGACUGUUAAUAUGCACGUUAGCAGUGUUUCUUCGUGUUCUCGCAUACAUUUAUUGCAUCGACUUUCUGAAAAAACGUCCAGAAUUGAAUGUACCACAGAAUUCAUUCCGGAGGCUUAUUGAUGGGAUAUAUAUGCUUAGAGAUGGCGUUUCUCCAUACGAUGGUGAUAUGAUACAUUGCUCGUUUGAUGUAGUGACGAGUGAAAUUUUACGUCUGGUAGCAGUAGUUCAGCUGAAAAAUCAAGGUAGCAGUGCAGAGAAUAUUGAACGAAUUGCUGAUUUGGUUUCAAAAUGCUACAUGCUAAAUCCUGUUGCUGUUGCCAGCUGUGCUAUUUUAAGUCUCUCAGUUGUUUGCAAUCUUAUUACUGCUCUUUUCAUUCUGGCAUUUGUAAAAGGUUCUCUGUUGCUUUCUUCUAUAUUGUAUAGUGUACUUGUGCACUUAUCACUUUAUCCAGCUGUUUACAUAUGCGCUUUAUUGGUGAAAUUCUCAACGCUUAAGGAACGUAUGCUAACAAUUACAUUUUCGACAAUUAUGCUGAUUGGAUUGUUGUUUUUUAAUCGCUUUUUGAAUGAAAAUAGUUGGGAUUACAUUGAUUCAACAUACAAAUUCUUGUUGGAUGUUCGUGACUUGACACCAAAUGUUGGCAUAUUCUGGUAUUUUUUCAUUGAAGUUUUCAACCAUUUUCGUCGUUUUUUUCUUUGGGUAUUCCAAAUCAAUAUCCUCGUUUAUCUUGUACCAUUAUCAUUGACAUUAAGAUCCAAUGCUUUUCUACUUCUAUAUCAAUUAAUGAUUCUCAUUUCCGUCUUUGCAUCGUAUCCAUCGAUGGCUGAGAGUUUAAUUUAUUUGAGUUUGUUACCACUUUUCGAACAUUUGAGAAAAUAUUUUCGUUGGAAAUUAAUUAUUGGUGGAGCAUUAUCAGCAACAAUCGUCUUGGCACCAGUAAUGUGGCAAAUGUGGAUUGUUACCGGUUCAGGAAAUGCGAAUUUCUACUUUGCCGUUACUUUAACUUAUUCCGUUGCCCAAAUUUUCCUACUUACCGAUCUUCUCUAUGGUUACUUACGCCUGAAACUUGUCGAGGGCAGAGGAAUAACUGAUGAAAGCAAAAUAGCAAUUCUUGUGUUCAAGUAA